ACCCCGGGAAUGCCCAUCCCGCAGUAUCCGUACGGAGACAGCAAUCCAGGCGUCACGGCACAGGGCCCCCCGCCGCAGCCCAGACCCCCGGAGGACACCUGGGCUGCCCCCACCGUCUAUGGGGUGCAGCCGCGCUACGCCUGGCCCGCAGCCUCGGCGCAUGGGAACCCACAGAAGGCCAAAAUCCACGGCUGUAAUUCCAGAAAGGUCCUGGAGGAUACUGCUUACGACAAAGCUGAGCGAAGCGCAAACCCACACAACUACUACUCCGACGUCAAUCACCAGCACCCUGGGACUGUGAGUGACCACAAGCCACCCCCCUCCAACCCCAAGGUGCAGUACAGCGCACAGCCCCAGAUGUAUGACAGCGCGCCUCGGAAGCUGUUGGCUGGGAACCGGGAGGCUGCCUUUAAACCUGGGGACCAGCCUCCAACAAAUUCUGCAGCCAUCCAGCCAGAGAUUCAGAGAAUCCUCCACGUUCUGGGGGAGGCUGAACAGCUGGAGCAAGAGGUGGAUGAAUUCGUAGGGAAAAAGACAGAUAAAUCCUACCGGCUUCUGGAGGAGAUGUUGACCAAGCUGCUGUUGGAGCUGGAUUCCAUCGAGACUGGUGGCCAGGACAGUGUUCGGCAGGCCAGGAAAGAGUCCGUCCACAGAAUUCAGGCCAUACUGGAAAAACUGGAGAGAAAGGGAUUGUGA